AAGCCCACAACAAAAGCCCAUAACCCGAGCGAACUCGAAACCCUAGCUUCGGCUACUUGAACCCAUAUUAGGGUUUCUUCGCCUCCCUCUGAUUGAGUAGCAGCAUCAGCACCAGCAACACCCAAGCCGCAGCCACCCGCCAGAACACUCCAAUGGCUUCGGAGAAGAAGUUAUCGAACCCCAUGAGGGAUAUUAAGGUGCAGAAACUCGUCCUCAAUAUCUCUGUUGGUGAGAGUGGAGAUCGUCUCACCAGAGCUGCUAAGGUGCUUGAACAACUUAGCGGCCAGAGCCCUGUGUUCUCUAAAGCGAGAUACACUGUGCGAUCGUUUGGAAUCAGACGUAAUGAAAAGAUUGCUUGCUAUGUCACCGUAAGAGGAGAAAAGGCGAUGCAGCUUUUGGAAAGUGGGUUGAAAGUUAAGGAGUACGAGUUGCUUCGUAGGAACUUUAGUGAUACUGGAUGCUUUGGCUUUGGUAUUCAGGAGCACAUUGAUCUUGGGAUCAAGUACGAUCCUUCCACUGGUAUCUAUGGUAUGGACUUCUUCGUUGUCUUGGAGCGACCAGGAUACCGUGUUGGACGCCGCAGGAGGUGCAAGUCUCGCGUUGGGAUCCAGCACAGAGUCACAAAAGAGGAUGCGAUGAAGUGGUUCCAGGUGAAAUACGAGGGUGUGAUUCUUAACAAGUCGCAGCAAAUCACUGGUUAACCUUCAGAGGGUUUUCCCCAAAUAGUCUUGAGAGUUAUUUGUUUGCAAGUUAUAAAAUUUUGUGCUUUUGAAAUUAGCCUGACUGAAGCUCUUUGUUUUUAUUUAUCUUUGAAUAUUUUUGAAGUUUAAUGGAGAUUAUUAGGACCAAUUCGGAGAACUCUUUAAGCUGUUGGUAGUGUUAUAUGUUUUAUUAGUUAUAUCCUUCGUGACUUGGAAAAAUUAAGAUGUCAAUCUUCACUUUGUUUUUAUUUGUUUAAGCAUCA